UUGAGCUUUGCAUUAGAGUGUCAUUCUUUCUGUCAUGCUUGCAAAUUUUACAGUUCGUCGCCACCCUUUUGAUUUUCGAAACAAAGUAUCCAGCUUUGUAUUCCCUCCGUCCCGUAAUAUUAGAUGUUAUUACAACCAAUACAUAAUAAGAUAUAUGGGACAGACUGAUAUUUUAUAAUUUUAUCCUCACUCUAGCAAAAAAAGAGCCAAGUUGCUGGCCGGGCACCUUUUAGAGCUUUAAGCUUCCUGAAACAACUUUAUCAAGUUAUGAUCGAUAGGUUAUUAAAAAGCUCGUGGACUGGCCAGAAUUGUGCACCAUUGAAAAGGUUUUUUGUCAAGGUGAGCACCACUCUAGUACUCUCUUUUCAUUUAAUAAAGGACAAACAAAUAUCUUCAUGCCCAUGUUAACCACCUGAGGUUAUAUUGUCAGCAUUUGGUAGAUGAGAUUGGGACAAACUAACAAUAACAAUGUGGGUUGCUAGCUCUCCCAUAAAGCAAUGACAUACCUGAUGGCUGCUUCUCCAUGCUAAUUCAGGAGCAAACCCCAUAGUUUUUUUCAGGAAAUUCUGAUAUAAACUUGCAAGCUUGUUUUAUUCUUUCUCGUUUUUAACUCUCAGAAGCUUGGUCUAUGAAGUGCAAUCUUUUUGCGAGAUCUCCCUUCUUUGACUGGUGCCAUCAAUGUAAAGACGGGUUGGGAUUCAUCGUCUAUGCACCGAGCAGUGCCAGGGUUCCUGCGUCGAGCCCUUAUAAGCAGAAAUCGCCCCCCGGUAUUGUGCCUUUCCUCUCUGGCUUGUAGCUUUAAGAGCUUGGAUGAUCAAGAACCCAGUCGAAGCUCUUUUUGCAGCGAGUAUAGAAGCCGGUGUAUUCAUCCUUUGAUCGCACUAGCAGUCCGGACAUCGAAUUUGGAUGAGGCCAGAAAGAUUACCUUCAGGGAGUGUGUCAGGUUAUAUGGCCUAUCCCAGUCAGUUGGGUUGUUUGCAUUGCUUAUGCGGUCAUUCUUGCCGCAUGGAAUCACAGACAUCCGGUGCUUGAUUCACAGCAUUGUUGAUUACUGUGGGGAUGCUGGGCCAGACUUAUUUGAGUUGGCACCUAUGUUGGUCAGCAGUAUGGGUGGGUCGAUGACAUUGCUACAAGUUUAUGCCACAAUCAUUUGGAUUUUUGUAGAUCUGUCAAUGUUUGAGGAUGCUCUUCUCACUUACAUUGAGGCCAAGAAGGUUGGAGUUGAGUUGCGAGUGUGCAACUUCUUACUGAAGAGCUUAGUUCAAAAGAAACAAAUCCUGCACGCAAGGAGUUUGUUUGAUGAUAUGAAGAGUUCUGGUCCUUCACCAAAUGUCUACUCUUAUUCAGUUUUGAUGAGUGCGUAUACCCAUGGAGAUAAGUUAUGCUUGGAGGAAGCCUUCGAGCUUCUUUGUGAAAUGGAAGCAAAAGGUGUGAGGCCGAAUGCUGUAACCUUUGGUACUUACCUCUAUGGGCUUUGCCGUGCCAGACAGGUGACAUCUGCAUGGAACUUUCUUCAAAUGAUUUGUCAGAGAGGCGACCCUUGCAACAUUUACUGUUUUAAUGCAGUGAUUCAUGGUUUCUGUCACGAGGGUCAGGUUAAAAAAGCAAUAGUGGUGUUUGAUGCGAUGAAGAAGGGUGGGUUUGUCCCAGAUGUCCAUAGCUACAGCAUAUUAGCUGAUGGGUUAUGCAAACAAGGGGAUCUGUUGACAGGCUAUUACAUGCUUGUUGAAAUGGCAAAGAAUGGAAUUGCCCCUACUCUGGCAAGUUACAGUUCACUUUUGCAUGGUCUUUGCCGAGCUGGAAAUAUUGAAUGGGCGUUUGAGCUUUUUAAGAGGCUCAAUGAGCAUGGUUUCAAGCCUGACCACAUAGUGUACAGCAUUGUUCUUCAUGGCUGUUGCCAACAUUUGGAUCUAGACGUUACCUGUGACCUUUGGAAUGACAUGGUUCAUCAUAAUUUUGUUCCAGAUGUCUACAAUUACACUAGUCUGAUAUUUGCAUACUGUAGACACGGGGACCUUGAAGAAGCAUUGGGUGCAUUUGAGCUCAUGCUCGAUAAUGGGAUAAGUCCAAACAUUGUGACCUGCACAAUUCUUGUCAAUGGCUUCAGUAACAAAGGCCGGAUUGCUGAAGCCUUCACAUUCCUGGAUAAAGUGCGCCAGUUUGGAAUUUUCCCCAACCUUUGUACAUACAGGGUUAUCAUCAAUGGCCUGUUUAAGGUCAACAAAUCUGAUGAUGUAUGGGCAAUUUUCGGGGAUAUGAUAAAAAGGGGUUAUGUUCCUGAUACUGUGAUUUACAGUAUUAUUAUUGAUGGUUUUGUGAAAGCUUUGGAUCUGCAUGAGGCUUUCAGGUUGUAUCAUAAAAUGGUGGAUGAGGGGACAAAACCUAAUAUCUUUACUUAUACUAGCCUGAUAAAUGGUCUGUGCCAUGAUAAUAGACUUCCGGAAGUUAUGACAUUGUUUAAUCAUAUGAUUGGGAAGGGUAUAAAACCGGACAUGAUUUUAUAUACGUCUCUAAUUGCAUGCUAUUGUAAGCGCUCAAACAUGAAGGCAGCUCUGGAAAUAUUCAGAGAGAUGGAAAAGGAGGGUUUGCCUGCAGAUGCUUUUGUUUAUACUUGUUUAAUUGGUGGGUUCAGUAAAGUACUUGCAAUGGAUGGUGCAAACAUGUUGAUGGAAGAAAUGAUAAAUAUGGGUCUUACACCUACUGUAGUAACUUAUACAGAUCUCAUAAUAGGAUACUACAAAACUGGAGAUGAGAGGAAAGCUAAGAUGAUGUACAAGAGUAUGAUCCAGGCAGGCAUUACACCGGAUGCCAAGAUGAUGUGUAUACUGGGCUUUGACAAUUGUGAAGAUGAUUUUGAGGAUUCUCCGAAAGAUAAGGGUGUAGCAUAGGUUUUCACAUAGAGAUAUAUUAACUUGGUCAACACAAUAAUUUCAUAAUGGUGAUGAGCUCUAUUAAUCAGUCAAGCUGAACCUAGGCCUUUUGGGUUGGUGGUGCUGAUGUACUUCAUAGAUAUUAUGUCCACGAAUUGAAUGAGAAUUUCCAAGGAUUGAGCUAUUUCUUGUUCACGAGGUUUUCAAGAAGUUCCUGUGCAGUGCACUACCUUGAAGUCAAGGAUGGCAAAGAAGUCCACAAGAAACAGAGUAAAUUGCACGAGUAUCUAGUGCUGCUACUCCUAUGUGAUCAAUUAGUGGACUAACUUCAGAAUAUGAAGAUGCUAAGGAAGAUAAUUGUUGAGCAUGCUCGGGAUCCUUUUGCCCCAUACGACAUUGAAAAGGCUGGGUUCCACUAUCAUUGACAAAACAGAAGAACCAAUUGUUCACCCAGCCCCUAAAGUCCACGCGUAACACUGGCUGUGGUGGCGCGCAGAUGUUGCUUCCAUAGCGGAGAAUCAAAGAGUGCCCUGAACUCCUGAAGGGCGGCAUCAUCCACCGAGAGCUCAUAGGGGAAAUCCCCAAGGCUUUGAGAAAGACGAAUUCAGCUGCAGAUGCUUUUUUCGGCAACUUGCGUUGAGACGGUGCAGGGAAAUUGAGUCCUCUCCACGCUACGCCCUGAAAUAGAGCCAUUCACACCAUGGAGGAGCAGAGCCAUUCACACCACGGAGGAGCACCCGUAUCGUGUUCCACUAUCAUCAUUGAGAUAAUGAAACAAGCAAACCAACUGUUCAUCAAGCUUCCAAAGUACAUCCAAAACACUGGUGAAUGCUCCAGGAUGGCAAAGAAGUCCACAAGAAACAGAGUAGAUUGCACGAGUAUCUAGUGCUGCUAGUCCUAUGUGAUCAAUUAGUGGACAGAUUUCAGAAUAUGAAGAUGCUAAGGCAGGUCUUUCUGUUUUCCUGUCCUCAUUCUGCAUCAUAUGCAGUGUACAUUAACUGAUGCAUAUUUGGCAAUGUAGCUUCUUUCAUGUA